GAUUUGAAGGAUGAGAAGAAAAAGGCUAGAAUGGCAGCGUCUAGGGCUGUUCUUGAGAAGUGCACCAUGAUGCUCUUAACUGCUUCAAAGACUUGUCUGAGGCAUCCAGACUGUGAAUCUGCUCGUAUAAACAAAGAUGGAGUUUUUCAUCGAAUGAGAUUAGCUUUGGAACAAGUAAUAGAAAUUGUAACUGACUCUAGACCAAACGGAGAAAAUGAAAUGCCCCCCAUCAGCAUAUAUUCUGGCAUAAAAGAAUUCAAGAAUAAAGUGGAGGGUCUUCGUGAGAAUCUUUAUUUUCUCUCAAAAGAGAACCUUUCGACAAUGUUGGAAGUCAUCCUGGAACAUACAGAGGACUUCACAGACUCUGCCUAUACCAGUCAUGAGCACAGAGAACACAUUUUGGAGCUGUCUAAACAGGCUAAAAUGGAACUAGAGCAGCUGGUUUCAGUGUGGAUGCAAGCUCAAAACCAGAAGACAAAGGAUCUCGUGGAAGACUUGGAAGUAGCCAUUUUAAAAACAUGUCAGUGCAUGAAUGAACUUAAAAGAGAGGUUCAUAGUGCAGCUACAUCUUUGGCAGCAGAUCUGCUAAAAUACCAUAUGGAUCAUAUGGUUCUCAAAGCAUUAAAAAUCACGGGAGUGGAAGGAAAUCUUGAAGCUGUAGCAGAAUAUACUUGCAAGCUAUCAGAGCAGAAAGAACAACUUGUUGAGAUGUGUCGCUUAUUGAGGCAUGUUUCUGGAACUGAGCCCCUUGAGAUUACUUGCAUUCAUGCAGAAGAUACGUUUCAGGUCACUGGGCCACAGAUAAUUUCUGCUGCAGAAACACUGGCAUUACAUCCAUCUAGCAAGAUUGCGAAAGAAAAUCUUGAGGUGUUCUGUGAGGCCUGGGAGUCUCAACUGAGUGACAUGUCUAUGUUGUUACGAGAAAUCAAUGAUGUAUUUGAAGGAAGAAGAGGAGAGAAGCGUGUCUAUCUAUCACUGCCCAGACCAGGGAAGCAUAAUGCAAAUCUGAAAGCAUUAAAGCCAGUCAAACUAGAUACUGAGGAACAGGCAAAAAUUGCAAAACUUGGAUUAGAGUUGCAUCUGCUCACAUCUGAUAUGGAUUCUGAGACAGAGAAGUGGGAAGAUCAGGAGAAUGAGAUCGUGCAACAUGGGCAAGGAAUGUCAAGUAUGGCCUACUCCAUGUAUUUAUUUACCAGAGGAGAAGGACUCCUGAAAACUACUCAAGAUUUAUUUCAUCAAGCAGAGAUUUUUGCUACAGAAGGCACAAAGCUUGCUUCAGCUCUUCAAGCCUUUUCUGACCAGGUGCGUGAGGAUGACAAACCUUUGCUUCUGCUGGAGGCUGAAAAACUGAUUUCUAUGUCCAAGCAGCUCCAGAUAACAGCUAAAGCUUCAGUUCAGGGUAAAAGUGCUACAUUUACAAAGGUUGAUGCAUGCAUUCUGAAAACAAGGAAUGUGAUGACUCUGUUAUGCCAGCUUCUUCCACUUUGCUACAACUUACUGAGGAAGAAUAAAGCAGGAAAUGGUUGUCUUAAGCCUGCUCCACCGUGGAGAGAAGACAGAAUACGACCUGGUACAAAUGCACAUACUCCAGAAAGGAGAGCUGAGACAUUUGGCAUCAAGUCUUUAGAAAAUCAUGUAACAAACAUGACGUUUUUAGAAAGCAAGUAAUUAUAGCACUUAGAAAU